GGGCUCUUUUAUUCGGCCGAGAUCGAGCUGCUGUGCGACCAGGCGUGGGGCAGCAUGCUGGAGGUGCCCGCCGGCUCCCGCCUCAACCUCACCGGCCUCGGGUACUUCUCCUGCCACUCGCACACCGUCAUGCAGGGAUACGCUUAUUUCUUCUUCCUCCGGAUGGAUGAGAACUACAUCCUCCUGCCUCACGGAGUCAACUUCCAGGAGGCGAUUUUCCCGGACACCCAGGAGAACAGAAGGAUGUUUGCCAGCCUUUUCCAGUUCUCUAACUGCUCGCAGGCACAGCAUGUCUUGAGCUUCUCCAGUGACUGGGAGAUUCAAGAGGACAACCGG